GCAAGAAAUUUCUCAUGCACAGAAUGAUUUCCAACGAUCUGGUACUGUUAGCAUUAAGUAGGCAGUUAGCGUCAGGGACUGUGGAAUCUGGUCUUCUCUUCUCGCUUUCCCCGUCCAGAUCCGAACCUGAUCCAUAGUCCAAACCCCAACCCAAAGAAAUGGAGGCGCUCGUGGUGCGGCGGCUCGGUGACCCCACGCUACCACCCGGCGGCGACGACUCGCCGUUCGAGGCCAUCUCCGGUGAACAACCUGUUCCGGAGCUCUCGUCGCGGACGUCUGUGCGGGUGCGUGUGGCGGCGACCAGCCUCAACUUCGCGAACUUCCUGCAGGUGCAGGGCAAGUACCAGGAGCAACCCCCGCUGCCCUUCGUGCCAGGGUCAGACUACGCUGGAGUCGUCGACGCCGUCGGCCCCGGCGUGCGCAAAUUCCGGCCCGGUGACCGGGUCUGCUCCCUCGCCAGCGUCGGGUCCUUUGCCGAGUUCAUCGUCACCGAGGAGAAGGGGCUAUUCGCGGUGCCUGAUGGAUGUGACCUGGUUGCUGCUGGAGCAUUACCUGUUGCAUUUGGUACAUCACACUUGGCCCUUGUCCACAGGGCUCAACUGAAGUCUGGUCAGGUGCUACUUGUACUUGGUGCUGCCGGCGGUGUUGGGGUAUCUGCUGUACAAAUAGGAAAAGUUAGUGGUGCUAUUGUUAUUGCGGUUGCCAGGGGAAUUGAGAAAUUGCACUAUCUCAAGUCCAUAGGAGCUGAUCAUGUGAUUGACUCGAGCAAGGAGAAUGUUAUUGAGAGUGCCAAGUCCUUUUUAAAGGCUAGAGGCCUCAAAGGUGUUGACGUUUUAUAUGAUCCUGUUGGGGGCAAACUUGCUCAAGAUAGUUUGAAACUUCUCAAUUGGGGUGCACAUAUUCUGCUCAUUGGAUUUGCUAGUGGAGAUGUUCCAGUUAUUCGAGCUAAUGUUGCACUUGUUAAGAACUGGACAAUUCAUGGUCUGUACUGGGGAAGCUACUUAAUUCAUCGGCCAGCAGUACUCAUUGACUCACUCAACGAACUUCUGUCAUGGCUCUCAAAGGGUUUGAUAACAGCUAAAAUCUCACACACCUACAGGCUCCCAGAGGCUCAUCUCGCUUUUGCUGCCUUGAGAGAUAGGAAGGCCGUUGGUAAAGUCAUGCUUGUUAUGGGCUCAUCAGCAAAAUCAAGACUUUGAUUCCCCUGGAAAGAUUCCAUGGGAAAGCUUUGACAUCUAUUGUGGAAUACUUGCAUUUUAUCGUCGGUGGUUAUAAUAUCAUCAGCAGUAGUGUGGAUGGCAGUGAUGUGGUGUACAGCCGUUCUUGAAUAAAAGCUACAAUGCGUGAAAUGGUUCAUCUGUACACCAUGUGUAGCAAAUAGACACUUCUGAGACAAUGCACUGAUGCGGGUGCACAGUAGUCCAAGUGAAUAAGUAUAUGUAACAAAGGUGUUGAAACUGUGUAGCAGGUACUUGUUGGUCGUCUCAA